AUGGAUUCGACCCAGUUGGGGGAUGCACAACCAGACAACAUCACAGCGACGGGCGAAGAGUCUGCUACCGCUGCAAAGCGCCGAUGGAGACGGAACCGCAUAGCCUGCGAUUCCUGCCACUCGCGCCGGGUACGAUGCGACCGGGCAUUUCCGUGCUCUCGUUGUCUUCGGAGUGAGAUACACUGUGAAUUCACGCGCGAAAGGCGAAAACGAGGACGCAUUGCUCGGUCAAAACAGGUGCCACCGGCGACGAAUGAAGAUACGGUCGAGAAGAGGCCCGCGGCCCCCGCGACAGCAGACCCGGCAGGAACUCCGGUCAUAAACCAUGCAUCGCCGACUAUGCCGUUCCCGCACCGUUCUCCAGCGACAAAUGUCACGAGCGCAUCCGCUCCUAGCAUAGAUGGGCGACGCUCACAGGCUGAGCUGUCGCUACCACCACGCAGACCAGGGCCCAAUGGAAAUGUGACGGAGGAGUGGUUGUCUGCAGCGCAUGUAUCCCCUGAAUCCCACGAGGUCUUGAGCGGUGCAGGCUGGGCAGACGGCCCACUGCCACGGGUGCUGGACAUCUGGAACGGGGUAGACUUGGUCGGCUACGGUGCUCCUACUGCUCAAGGAUCCAAGACGGCGAGUACCACCAAGACAUCUAGUGCAUCGGCGCCAGAUUUGAAAUAUCCCGUCUUGCAGCCCCUCAUGCCGUUCCUCGAGGCGAACCUUCCUAGGAGGCUAGUCUUUGAUCUCCUCGAAUUGUACUUCACCAGCGCCUUCUCAACACACAUGCACCCUGUUUGUCACCACAUCCACUGCUAUGUUCUCCGUAAGGCCUCCUUUCUGAGCAAAGAGGACCCGCGUCCCAGCAGUCCCGCUCUACUAGCAAGCAUGCUCUGGGUCGCCGCGUUGGACGAUCGGGCAUUUGCCCUGUCGAUAUCCCCGCCGCAGCGAAAGAAGAUCUGCCAGUUUUUGUGCGCUUUAACCAUUCGAUUACUUCGACCAUUAAUUCAUGUGUCGUUCAAGGAGGAAGGAGGCCCGGCCGCCGGUGACCCUCCAUUUCCUGGCGUCGGUCCAGACUGCCCGCCGACAACUGGGCAUCAUCCGUUUGAAUCGAGUGGUGACGAUCGUGGCUUGGUCGGUCCUGCCGGCUCAUUGGAUGAUGUGAUCACCUAUAUUCAUGUCGCCUCUAUCAUUUCGUCGAGUGAACAGAAGGCGGCUAGUAUGCGAUGGUGGCAUGCUGCUUUUACCCUGGCGCGAGAACUGAAAUUGAACCAGGAGAUCGAAAUGAUGCCCAACGUGGAGGGUCAACCCGAAGGUUCUAGUCCCGCAUUCGAUUAUUCCUUGCCUGGGUGGAGCGGCGUUGAUACUGGUGCUUUCUUUGACUAUUCGAAUCCGACGCGACCGAGCCUGAACUGCGUCUGCGAUCGCAGUCAUGACCCACAUGUUCCCAUCACCGAGGAGCAUCGCGAGGAGCGCCGCCGGACAUGGUGGCUGUUAUAUAUCAUGGAUCGUCAUCUGGCGCUGUGCUACAACCGGCCUUUGGCCUUGCUCGAUGCGGAAAGCGAAGACCUGUUGCUGCCACUAGAUGAGGGGCUGUGGCAGGCUGGAAAUGUGCAUAGUAACAGUCCCAAGCCGGACGGGCCUCAGUGCUCUAUUGCUGGCGACAAGACCAAACGCCGAGUCUUUCCCGAUUUCACAUGCCAUGACCACUCUAUUUUCGGCUUCUUCUUACCGCUGAUGACUAUUACUGGUGAGCUGAUCGACCUCAACCAGGCACGGAACCACCCCAUGCUGGGGUCCCGAUUGAAUGGAAAGAACGCCUGGGAUGCGCAUCUCAGGGAGGUGCUGCGACAGCUCGAGAUCUACAAGGCCAGCCUCACCACUUUUGCGACAACUGCGAUCGUCCCUGACGGCCCCCUUCCCACCACGUACGGUCACUCAUCUCCCGACCCCUCUACUGAAACCUCCCUUUCCCAAGCCUUUUCAUGGCAUACCCAAACCGUCAUAGCAUAUGCAUCGUACCUGGUUCAUGUGUUACACAUCCUACUGGUCGGGAAGUGGGACCCCGUCUCGCUGAUCGAAGACAAAGACUUCUGGACAUCCUCUCCGGCCUUUGCCUCGACAAUCUCGCAUGCCUUGGAUGCGGCCGACUCGGUCAACCAGAUUCUUCGGUAUGACCCGGAUGUCAGCUUCAUGCCCUAUUUCUUUGGUAUCCAGCUCUUGCAAGGCAGUUUCCUCCUCCUUCUUAUUGUAGAGCGGCUCCAGAAAGAGGCCGGUGAAGGCAUUCUCAACGCUUGCGAGGUGAUGAUUCGCGCGACUGAGUCCUGCGUCGUCACACUCAACACCGAAUACCAGCGAAAUUUCCGCCAAGUCAUGCGGAGCGCGGUUGCACAGGCGCGCGGACGUCCUGUCAAUCAUAGCGAGAUCCGCCAUCGACGCAAAGCCGUAUUGGCUCUGUACCGGUGGACGAGGAACGGCACCGGGUUGGCUCUUUGA